CCACGACGCCCCCCCCGCCCCCGCCGGCCCGCUCAUCGAGUCCAGGACCGCGCAGCAGCGGGACAGGGCCCUCUGCCAGAUGGUCGCCCACAUGAGCCUCGACAGCGUGGAGGAGGUCAUCGAGGGCACAGGCGCGCUGUAUCUGAAGGGCGUCGACCGGCACAACGAGUGGACCGUGUCCGCAUUCAUACCCACGGGAGUCAAGUUCAUUCUCCUGCACGACGUCAAGAACGACGACGGGAUCCGGCUGUUCUUCAUCGACCUCUGGGAGGCAUACGUCAAGAUACUGCUAAACCCAUUCUUUACCACCAACACGCCGAUAAAAAGCCCGGCGUUCGAAGCCAGGGUGAAGAGCAUCGCCAAGCGGCACUUGUAGACAUAUCGAAAUAAUAAUGC